AUGAAGGGGAAGCGGCAAAGAGGCCCCAGGGAUGGCAACCAACGAAAGGGGGGUGGGCGUAAGGCGAAACGGGCGCGGGACCUCCGCAAACUCCAGGAGAAGCGCACGCGGGAGCAGCAAGGGGGUCGGCUCCUGAAACGGCCCGAGAUCAAGGGUUUAGAUGGAGACCCUUCCUCCAAAGUGGUGCAUAAGAAGAAGGAAACUCUUCGGAAGCUGAACAACCAGCAGUCCUACUCCCCCAGAGAUGCGGCCCGUUCGCAGGAUGGGGACCCCCGGAACCAAAACAGGGGUGACACACUGGGGCCCCGCAAGGGCAAAACGUUCCCGAAGGGCACCGGCAAGGUACACAGCAAGAACAGGGCCUCUCAGGCAACAAGCACAGAAGGCGGACCACGCAAGCGGAAGCUGAUAAACGGCCAGGAGACCCUCAGGCGUCUCCUGGAGGAACACCCUCACCUGCUGCAGUCAGGAGAAACUGCAGAUGCUGCUGUUGCUGCAUGCUUCAAAAAAGCAGCGAUGAACCAGUCAAAUGCAGAAGAUGCACGCGGAGAGAGUGCACAAACUGAUUGCGUCCCCUCUGUGCAAGAGGAAGGGCAGAAACUAAGCGGCAGCAAACGAAGGAAGCUGCUGCGGCUAGUGAUGAACAGCAAGACAGCAGAAGACAAGGUGUUUGUACACGAGUCCUAUCAGCUAUACAACGAUAUCCUCCGGAGCAUAAGACAGGCAGAGGCGAUCCCGGAUAAAGGGUCUGAAGGUUCAGGUGCCACCGAAGACGGGCGCAGCAGUGCGACCCUGAGGCGGUUGGUGGAUAAGGCAGUAAAGUUUCUCGGGGGACCGUUAGAGCGGAAGGACCGUCACUGCUGCACCGCACGUCUGGCCCAAGUGUGUCUCAAAUACGCCGAGAAGGAGACACGACAACGCUUGUGGGACAUGCUAGCAAAGGAUUUUCUGGAGUUCUGUUGUUCUAAGUCCUUUCAUCACGUCUGUAUUAAAAUGUUCCUUUAUGCCACAGCAGAACAGAAGGAAAAGCUAGUGGCUCUUCUCGUCAGCCUCAUAUGGUGUGUGUUUGUUUCUCCCGUGCCUGCCCUCCUCGCGUUCUCAGCAUGA